GGGCGCGCGCUUACUUGAAACAUACAUUAUUCUAACCUUGUUGCAUAAGUUGCGGUACCUCACCGGUGACAGAGCUUCCGAGACUACGUCUUAUCACCAGUUCUAACCUACACGCAGACGCCGCUAUCGUAUCUCGUGCGCCGUUCACGGCGCUUCGUUCGUAGGUGCUCGGGACCGGUAUAAUACGUGCACUGGGCACACUUAUCACAACCAUUCAUUCACAUUGCCGCCAAAGCGCGGUCGGUCGGAGGAAACAUCGGCCAGUUUGCUUUCGGCACCGACAGCAUGCGGAAUGCCGUACCGCUUGGAUGUGUUCGCAUCGCUGCUGGCCAGCGUCGGCGCAAUCUCCUCGUACUGGUGGCCGUCACUGUCACCCUUGCACUUAUGGUGGUUUACCUCGUGUACGACGUUAAUCUGACACUUACACCAAAGAGAAACUUCCUGGCGCAGGCUAGCAGUGACGAUGAUGAUUCGGAACUGGUCCGAACGUCCAGUGCGGCUGUGGUAAAUCAUGGGUUCGCUUUUGUCUACACAUCCAUCGGGCUGGAUCCGAGACUUCCUACUCCGCCGGGUGAUAUGGGCCAACCGGUGAUGGUGAACUUGACCAGUGAGCAGAUCGAUGCGCUUACACAGGAAGGCAUUCAAACUCAAGGCUUCAAUCAAUACUUUUCCGACCUGAUGUCCGUGAGACGCAGGUUGCCCGAGAUUCGCGAUCCUUGGUGUGCCGAACCGGGACGCUUUCUGGACAACCUGCCAAAAACUUCGAUCGUGAUCGUGUUCUUCAAUGAAGCGUGGUCAGUGGUUUUACGCACGGUACAUUCGGUGCUGGACCGAUCUCCGCCUUAUUUGGUGCAGGAGAUCGUGUUGGUAGACGAUUGCUCUACGUUAGCUAACCUCAAAACUCAACUAGAAGAGUACUUUCAUCGAUAUGCAAAAGUACGCGUCAUUCGGGCACCGGCCCGGUUGGGGUUGAUUCGUGCCAGAAUAUUCGGAGCCAAACACACAACCUCCGAUGUGAUUACCUUUCUUGAUGCGCACGUAGAGUGCACUGUCGGUUGGCUGGAGGCACUGCUUGAUGUUGUUGCUCGUAACUCCACGACGAUUGCCAUUCCAACGAUUGAUUGGAUUGACGAGAAAAGUAUGGCACUGGUAGCGAACAAAUCAAUUUCCUACAUCGGUGCAUACGAUUGGGACCUUAACUUUGGCUGGUGGCAUCGCUCGACUAUGAAGAAGAAGUACAAGAACAUGCUAGAACCGUUCGAUACACCCGCCAUGGCGGGCGGGCUGUUUUCUAUCAAUAGAGCGUUCUUCGAACGGCUCGGUUGGUAUGACGAAGGAUUCGAUAUCUAUGGCAUCGAGAACAUCGAGCUGUCGAUGAAGAGUUGGAUGUGCGGUGGAAAGAUGGUGACGGUUCCCUGCUCCCGAGUGGCGCACAUUCAGAAGGUUGGUCAUCCGUAUCUGCACAACGAAAAGAAGGAUGUGGUACGCGCGAACUCGAUCCGCCUGGCCGAAGUGUGGAUGGACGAGUACAAGCAGAUCAUAUUCGAUAUCCAUGGGAUUCCACACUACCUGGAGGAGGAAUUCGGUCCCAUCGAGGAUCGAAAAGCUGUACGAAAACAGGCCGAUUGUAAGGACUUCCGUUACUACAUUAAGCAUGGCUUUCCAGAGAUGAAGAAUCCCUACAUCACGGGAGCUUUCCGUGGGGAAAUUCACAGUGAUCUGCUAGGCAACGGUACCUGUCUCGAAUAUCGUCCGGAUGACAAUUUUCUCGGAAUGGCACCAUGUGACGGGAAGCAGCGAACGCAGUACUGGGCACACAACUACUACCAGGAGAUCAAUAGCUACCGCCACUGCCUAGACUUUACCGGUACCAGUCUUGCCCUGUUUGGUUGUCAUCGAGCACGUGGCAAUCAAGCAUGGCGUGUGCAGACGGACGCGAAACAACUGCAGAGCAUCAAGCACGACCGCUGCCUCGCCGUAAACACACUCACAAACGUUACGCUUACGAUGCAAGAGUGUGAUCCACAGAAUGUCGCCCAAAAGUGGACGGUAACCUUCAUCGAGUUGGAUGUAUCACCGUUUAGCUGAGCUAAUCUCAAUCGUCGUUUGCUCUGUACAUGACUCUACAAUCUAACCAUUAUACGUGUAAUCGAUAGCUUCCGUCUUAUCUGGACCGCGGUACGAUAAAGGCCCCGUCUAUGUAAAGCUUCACGGUGCCAGAUUAGGCGAGCUAAAGCGUUAUCCAAACACGGUAUACCCUGUUAUCUGUCCUCUCUUUUUACCAUACGUAAUAAUCCUCAUCACCAACAAUCUAUCAAGAAGAUGGUUCAGAAAUGACGCAAAAAGAGUGACCGAACAGUAUGUACAGUAGAAUUUAUUUUAACAAAACUUGAAUCAAGCUUUUCAAUGGCUCAAGUGUAUCGACUCGUUUGUGAAUGGUGAUGUCAGUGUUUCGUUCAAUUGUUAACCGAGCGCAGCGAUAAGGAUGAGUGUUAAAUUCUGUAAUAUUUUUUAACAAACGACAAUAAAAAAAACGAUGGAAUUUUUUGUAACGCCGCGCUGCGGUAUGUAAAACGA